GCCUGCCCUGGAAAGGGGCUCUUUGUGUGCUUGCUGUCCUGUGAGCGAUGGCGGGAGCCUCCAUGUGAAUCCUGCUCCGUCCUGCUCCGUCCGCAUCCCUGCAGGAAUAAUGGCUCAGAAUCAGACGGACUUCCAGUGGGACUUUCUGAAAUCACCCUUUGUCGACAAGCUGAUCCUGGCCUUCUGCCUGUCCAUACUGAUUGGCUUCUUGCUCGGGGCCCUGAUCUAUGUCUUUAUGACCUGGAUGUCCCGACGUAGGGCAUCGGUCCGCAUCACCCGCAGACCGGCUCGCCAGUCCCGUUCCCUGGGCCACAACGUCCUGCACAGCAGGCCUGCCUUCGCCCGCACCAGCGGCUACGACCGCCGCAGCAACAACAGCCUGGCCGGUGCUGCCUUCAGCUUCCACCGGCAGACCUCACUUGAGCAGGCCGACCCGCUGGGGCGUAAGCCCAGUUUCCACGCCUCCACCUUCCACCCACUGCAGCAGUGUGUCCCAAGCACCAACGAGGUGCAACAGAGCGGCCACACCUCACCCACCGCAGCGCACAACUGCACGCCUCCCCAGCAGAACUCCUUCUGGCCUAGCAGCAGCCCCCGGAGGCUGCACAUGACACAGACAUCACUCCCUGUGUAUAACAAUGUCAUCCGGGCCUUCCAGGAGUCACGCACCUGAAAGGCUUCCCAAGCCUGUGCAAUGGAAAACAUUUGACUUACACUUGAUUAAACAGGGGAAAACCCUGUGUUGUUAUGUGGGUUCUAUUUUAUACGCUGCAUUUACACAUGGAGCCUCGCCUCAAUUUGUAUUUUCAUAUGACUGACAAUACACCAUGCCAUUGGUGCACAGUCCAGUGAGACAACUCCAACUGUGAAAUAUGUUUUCCACAUACAGAAUGUUUUACUGAUGCAUUAGGAUAAUUAUCCAUUCAAAUGUAUACUUAUUUAAGCAACGAGCCUUGCACUUAAGCAUUAUAUUGGAUUCCCUGAGCUGUGGUUCGAUUAAACCCGAUUCAUAAUGUAAGUUGCUGUAUGAAUAAAAUAAAGCUUUUAUUC